AACGUAAACCAAGCAAAAUUUACAAAUGAUGGAGGAUACCUGAGGAUGAACCUGGAAUUUGGAUAUAAUCCAUGUGGGCAGAAGUUGGAUGUGGGAUUAAAAUCUUUGUGACAUAAACUGUUUUAAGGAUCCACUUGUCUUGUAUGAGCAUCACCUGACUGACAGCAUGGGGAUACAGUUGCUGUUUGCCGCCUUGGGAGUGGCGACAGUCGGGGUGGUGACGGCUGACUGUCCGGUAUUGUGCGAAUGCCCAGCGGUGCCCCUAUCCUGUCCCCCUGGAAUAAGUUCAGUCCCUGAUGGUUGUGGCUGCUGCAAGAUGUGUGCCGCGCAGCUGAACCAAGACUGCAAUGAGGGACAGCCGUGUGAUCACCAUAAAGGACUGGAGUGCAACUACGGCAACGAUGUGGGUCGCACCCAUGGCAUCUGCAGGGCAAAAGCAGAUGGCCGCUCCUGUGAAUACAACGGACAGAUUUAUCAAAAUGGCGAGAACUUCCGUGCUGGCUGCAAACACCAGUGUACCUGCAUUGAUGGAGCUGUAGGCUGCAUGUCCCUUUGCCCCACCCAUGUGCCUCUGGCUUCUCCUUCCUGUCCUGCCCCCAAGCUAGUGAAGGUGCCAGGCCAGUGCUGCCUCAGCAUUGACUGCCAUAAGGGAACCACUGUUGUGCCCCCAGCACACCGCCGGCCCCCACCUCCUGCCUACCGACCUUACCUCUUCAUUCCCUACCCGGCCUAUCCGUAUUCCAAGUCUUAUCCAAAACCUUACCGGAAGCUGUACCCUUACAAAGCCAAAAAGGAGAAAGGCACUUUGGGCAAUGAACUGUUGGAAGUGCGGCGCAAAUGGGACAAACCACAUGGAAAUAAGGACCUGACGGUCUGGAGUAAGUUUGGGGAUCAGUGUGUGGUACAGACCACCUCCUGGUCCCAGUGUUCCCGGACCUGUGGGAUGGGCGUUUCCUCUCGUGUUACCAACGACAAUGCUCUGUGUAAGCUGGUCAAAGAAACUCGCCUGUGUAACAUUCGGCCUUGCAGCUCUAUGUCCAUCCCUGUGAAGAAAGGAAGGAAGUGCUCUCGUACACACAAGGCCCCAGAGCCGCACCGUUUGUCAUACGCCAGCUGCAGGAGCACUCGGCUGUACAGGCCCAACUACUGCGGGGUGUGCAGGGACGGCCGUUGCUGCUCCCCUCGUCGCACGCGUACAGCCAACGUGACCUUUGCCUGCCCUGAUGGAGAUCUUUUCAGUAGAUCCGUGAUGUUCAUCCAGUCCUGCAAGUGCAGCGAUGAGUGCAACCAUCUAAACGAGGCUGUGAUGCCCCCACAACUGUGGCUUUAUGGAGACGUACACAAAUUCAAGGACUAGUUAUGUUACCCCCGUCCCUCCAGCAUUCCUCCAUAAAAGCAUUAAUUGCCACCCAUUAGAGAUACUUUUUAUAGAGCAGCUGUUUCUAGUGUAGCUAUGAAUAGACGCAGGCAAUGUUCACAGAUCAAGAGAUCUUUUCUGGAAGAUUAUUUGCCCUGCUCCAAAUGUUCCCUGAACUGUGGCACUACAGCCAAGGAAAAAGGAGUGCAAGUGGAAACUCUUAAAGAUGACUAUUUCUUGCAUUAUGCUAGACUUAUUCUCUUGCAGCGGGAUAGAUGUUACUGGCUGGUACAAAACCGGUUUAUGUUUGAUUUGAAACAAAAUCUGAAAAAUGACUUAGGUAGAAGAUUUACAAAGACUUUAACGGUGUUUGCAAAAGGUUGUGGUUUGUCUUGCAUUGAUAUUUAUUCCUUGAUAUUUAUUCUAGAGACAGAUACGCUGACACAUUGGCAUGCCACUGGGACAGCAGAUGUUUCUUGGAGCCUCUGUGUGGCUGAACAAGGAUCUUAAAGGGGACAAAUCAAUGAUCAGCUGUCAGUCACAAGCGGCAGACAGAGACCAACCCAGGACAGUCAGAAACUGGUGUCCAAAGAUGGAUGACAAAGAAUGCAAGGGAAGAAGGGCUACAGACAGCUGAACCUGAUGGGUUUAGGAUUUGUACACACUCAGAGGAAAUAUGUCAAAGCUUGUUUAUACAGCUGGACUCAUCUCCUGCCUUGCCUUCACAAGAAACUGAGACAUUUAGCAAGCACCAGAAGAACAAGUCUGGGAUUCUGGCGUCGAGCAGUCGACCACCUAAUUCUGUGCAAAUUACAAUCUCCAAGGGGAAAAUCAGCCCCUCUUUGGUUUUGCUAUAAAAAUAAAAUCUGAAAGCUGCCUGUGUGAUGAGGUAAACAUACAAUUUGUGAGUCGUGGGUGGAACCGUACUACUGCCUAAUCUGGCCUGUAAUUGAGCAGCAUGGCAUGUCACUGAAACAGAACAAGAACUCGUGUCUUUUCAUGUUAAGGAGGUGUACGUUUCUGAAAACUGCUGACUUAACAGUCGAGGCAGACAUGUAUUCUGUGAUUUCUGGAGCGUAGAUCAUAUAUUACGACUGGAAAACAAAAGCAUUCUCCUUAACUUUUGCUUGGAUUAGUUUGUGCACCUUAUGUCAACUUUAAUACAAUAUCUAAGUGUCAAGGGUGAACACUAGGCAGACAUGUCCAAGUCAUUCUCUUAUAACACUGCAGGUAUUGUAAUCUUUUCCUCUUGCUCAUAGAUGCUGUGGUUUUGUCAUUUGGUCUAGUUCUAAGGGACUCUGUAGAGCAGCUAUGUACAGAUGAAUUUGUAACUUUUUAGUUCUAUCUGCUGUAUAAGGGCCCAUCAUUCUGUUGAAUUGGUUCAUGUGUAGUUUAAACACUGAACACUGAACCUUGGUUCAGGUUCUUAAUGUACCAGUUUAAGAACAUUUAAAAGGAAAAACAGUUUAAAGGAAUAUUGUUCUUCGUGUCUUCAAGGAAGGUUACGCGAAUGGUUUUGAAGUAGUAACUUUUUUAAGUAAAUAAACGUUUACCCUUA